GAUCAUGUGAUGUUUCUGUUCAGACGACCCACUUCCUAGUUCCUUUUGUUCAUUCUCCGGGACGGUCGCUGCUGUUCCCUGCCCUCACUGUUCGACAUGGUACCCUGGUGUUUGCUGUUACUGUGUGUGAGCGGUGCUCUGGCGCAGCCCGCCCAGGAUGAAGUGUCCUCCUUGCCCGGUCUGAGCAUCCGAAUCAACUUCAGGCAGUGGUCGGGGUAUCUGGAGGCGAGUCCCGGCGUCCAUCUGCACUAUUGGUUUGUGACAUCCCAACGAGACCCAACCACUGACCCUCUGGUCCUGUGGCUGAACGGUGGCCCAGGGUGCAGCUCAUUGGACGGACUCCUCUCUGAAAACGGACCUUUCCACGUGGACAGCGAUGGUAGCACCCUCUACAUUAACGAGUACAGCUGGAACAAUGGCAACAUGCUGUACCUGGAGUCUCCGGCUGGGGUUGGCUUCUCCUAUUCCGACAGUGGAGACUACAUCACCAAUGAUAAGGAGGUCGCAGAGAACAAUUACCUGGCCCUGCAGGAUUUCUUCAGGAAGUUCCCGAAUUUCACAAAGAAUGAGUUCUACGUGUUCGGUGAAAGCUACGGCGGGAUUUACGCACCGACACUGAGCCUCAAGAUUGCAGAAGGCCCGGCGAGAAUCAACUUCAAGGGGUUUGCAGUUGGGAACGGACUGAGCAGCCAGUAUUACAACGAUCAGUCGCUUGUUUACUUCGCGUAUUACCAUGGACUCCUCGGAGACACAUUGUGGGCCAAACUGAACCAGUUUUGCUGUAAAGAUGGAAUUUGCAACUUCUACAACAACACUGCCGAUGACUGCAUGGAAUCAAUCCGGCAAGUCAGUCUCAUCAUCUUCAACAGUGGACUAAAUUUAUACUCGCUGUAUAUGGACUGUGCUGGGGGUAUGCGGAAAGAUUCUGUACGCUUCAAUCAAGACAUGAACAAUCUCUUCCAGUUUUACCAGUUUGAAACAGUGACGACCAGGAAAGUAUCCAGUAACAUGGACCCUCCGUGCAUCAAUGAUACAGCUCAGUGGACCUGGCUUAACUGCGCUGAUGUGAGAACAGCUCUGCACAUCCCGGGAAACAUCCAGGGCUGGCAGCUCUGCAAUCAAGAGAUCAAUAAAGCCUACGGGCGCAUCUACACCACCAUGCACGACUUCUACCUGGCGCUCCUCAGCAAGGGGCUGCGUGUGCUGGUCUACAACGGGGACACUGACAUGGCCUGCAACUUCCUGGGUGACCACUGGUUUGUGCAGUCACUGAAUCAGGUGAAAACGGUCAAUUACCAACCGUGGAUUUACGAUAAGCAGAUCGCUGGGUUCUACGAGCAGUACCAAAACCUCACCUUCCUGACCAUCAAGGGAGCUGGACACAUGGUACCACAAUGGGCACCCAAACAAGCCUUGAAGAUGUUCGAGUCCUACCUCUCCAACACUCCGUACUGAGGCAGCACCCACCGCGGUUCCCCAGCUCGCCGGCUUACUCGCCAACGGCCUGAUGAUUGGCCGCUUUUCUUGCUUCUCUUGCAACAAUGGGCUUCUUAAUCACAGUACACAAACCAAAGCAACGGGUACCAAGCUAAGCCAAGUCCGGGCACGGAGACAGGAUCAGGCUGACGUGCGCCAUGUAAUGUUAACAAUGGUAAUGAAGGGCUUCUCCGUAUUGAAAUAUGCUGAAGGGCCCUUAAAUUGCCCCAGGCCAAUUUGGCUGUUUGGUGCUGCUGUUUUUCGUUUUAAAAAGUUAAAACUCUUGGUUAGAAUUUGGCUAAUUUGGUUUGAGCACUUCAUUUGAUUAGCAAAUCAGUUCCUUGAAGGAACUUCAUUGAUAAUGUGAUUUUCUGGGGGUAAAAAAAAUGGCAGGGACUUAUCACCAAAAUUCACUAACUUCACCUCUGCUGGGAAGGGGCAACAAAUCCUCACUCUUUUCUAUGCAUUUGUCCAGAGAGUAACUCUUGGUCUACAGUAAGGGUUAUGGUGACAGUCCAUGGCCCAUCCACAAUUCUUCCAGGUCUCUGCAUCCUCAUUCUAGAGCAUCUCCCUUUUAACUGCACUGAGCUUGUGACUCUCUGCUCGCCAGCAGACAGAGAAAGGCUGGGGGAGCGAGAGCGAGAGCCCAGCUUGCAGCAGGGCGGGAGUGAGCACGAGUGAGGCACUAAGGCAGCUGAGAAGUGGACCGUCCAUGUCGUCCUCCUGGCAAACCAGGUCAGAGGUACAGGAGCACCUGGCUCAGCAGGCGCUCAGUUUACAUUGUACAGGCGCUCAUGUUGACCUGGUCUCCAAGACCUUUGAUGCUGGUCAGUGCUGUAUUUUCUAAACUGCUAAAUAGAAUGGGGGAUAUGCUUUGACCCUGAAGUGCCUGUGGCCAGGCUCAACAGGGUAUUCUGAAAUACACUAAACUACAAAUAAAUUGUCUAGAACUUCC